AUGGACACCUUUGCUGAUGAGCCCAUAGACUUUACUGUGACGCGUUUGCCCUUUUUCCUGCGACCAGAGCUUCCUGGCAUCAACAAGACCAUACCCCCGGGUGCGGAAGACAACUCUCCUGGCGUACGACUUACCGAGGGGAAGUGGAACUGUAAGGACUCCCCGGGUACCUGGGGGGAGCAAAUGGACAAGUACACCAAGAGGCAUCCUGAGAAGUUUGGUGGCAAAGACCAGGCUCGCGACGCACGCUUCGGUAUCAGCUGGCAGGCUUCUGAGGUUGGCUUAAAGUUCGUCUUCAACCAGCCGAUGAGCAACUCCAUGGAUGCCCUCCGGCUUCUGAUGAAGGUGCAGCGAGAGUGUAGCCCGGAGAUCAGGGAGCAGUUCUUUGAGAUUCUCUCCCGCAAAUACUUCUCGGAGGGCCGGCCCUUGUCUGACCACGACGUGCUCCUGGAGGCGGCGUCCGAGGCAAAAGUGCCACUCGAGGGCCUCCGUGAGUGGCUGCAGAGUGGUGAAGGGACUUUCCAGAUCCAGCAGAAGUAUGCAGAGAUUUUCUAUGGUUGGGGCUACACGUCCGUCCCGGUCACGCUGGUGAGCUGCGAGGGUGUGGACCAACAUGUUCAAGGAUCCCAGAACCUGGAGGCUUACUUGCAGGUUUUCCGCCGCUUGCUGGAGGAGCCACUGCCGCCGAAGUCGGCUGACGAGAAGCUACCUAUUUGGGAGAAGUACAGCCGCAUUGCUCGAGCCACUGGCACAGUGAACGGCAAGGACUUUGCGUACGAGGCCAACGACAUUUUCUUCGGCGAGACUGCAAAAGGCCUCCGUCAGAGGUCCUAA